AAGAUGUGUUCGUGGUAGCGGGGCAGAAACCCGCAUUUCAGCUGCACUUUGACUCCGCUUCCAGGCUGCGCCAAAAAUUCCCGCAGGUCUUCGGGACCUUCCGGUUCUCCAGAGCAGCAAAAGUCGCGGUUUUCUGGGUCGACUUCGUUGUCCUCGUGCCGGGGGCUCGCGCGCCUCCCACCCGGGCUCUCCCGCAGCUAGCCUGAUAGAGGCGGGCGCGCGCGGGCGGAGGAGCAGGGAGGGAGGCGCAAAGGGGAGGGGAGCUGACAUUAAAGCAACACAACAAGGAAACUCGUCCGUCCGCAGAGCCGCGGACGCUCCUUCCUUCCUGAAGACCAGCUGGAGCCACGCGCGCGCUCACACAGCGGCUCGCGCGCCGGGAAAGAGUGGCCUCGCGCCGCGGUGGACCCAAACGCGUUCAGAGAAAUGGGCUCUGAGCCCCCAGGCUCUCCACAGGUGGUGGAGGAUGGUGGUGAGGAGGAUGAGGAGGAGCUGAGUGGAGGAGAGGAAGGAGACCUCCGGUCCAGCUCCGGCCGGGGCUCCCUGCUGACCAGGAGAGGCAUCACGCUCCGGGUGCUGCUCAAGGACGGCCUGGUGGAGCCGGGCGAUGGCGUGCUGGGCAUCCACUACCUUGGGAAGAACUUCGUAGGCGACCUGUUGAAUGAUGGGAAAAUCCGUUGGGUGGAAACGGGUCAGAUCUUCAACUCGCCCAGCGCCUGGGCAACUCACUGUAAGCGUCUGGUUAACCCGGCCAAAAAGUCCGGCUGUGGAUGGGCGUCUGUGCGAUACAGGGGGCAGAAGCUGGUCCAGUACAAAACCACCUGGCUGCACAAGUACCAGCCCAGCGCAGACAUGAGCUUGGUGAGCGAGGAAGAUGAUGACGAGGAUGAGGAAGAAGGGAAGACUGCGGUGCAGGCAGACGAGAAGAACAAAAACGUCAAGCCUGGAUUACAUGACGUGGUCGUUUCCCGACGGACCGACCGAGAGAGGAUUCCUGUCAGAUACUGCACCUUAGGCACCAGGGAUGCUGCCAAAGAUCCGCACACGUUGGUGGAGUUGUCGGCCUUCUCCGCCAUCAACAGGUUCCAGCCGUUCAACGUCGCCGUCUCCAGUAACGUUCUGCUCCUGAUGGACUUCCACUGUCAUCUGACCACCAGUGAGGUGGUGGGAUACCUUGGAGGGAGAUGGGAUACUAACACACAACUUCUGACCAUCCUGAGGGCUUUUCCUUGUCGGACCAGGCUGGCAGACAGGGAGUCUGCUUCUGCUGUGGAGGAAGAGAUCUGUCAGAACUUGUUCAUGCGCGGUCUGUCAUUGGUGGGCUGGUACCACAGUCACCCGCGGGGUCCGGCGCUGCCGUCGCUGCAGGACAUCGACUCUCAGAUGGACCAUCAGCUGAGGCUCCAAGGAUCCAACAACGGCUUCCAGCCGUGUCUGGGCAUCAUCUGUGGUCCUUAUUACCACGGAAACCAGGGUGUUGCAUCUACAAUAACCCCAUUCUGGGUGGUGCCCCCGCCUGAGCAGCAGCGGCCCAACGACUACGGGAUCCCAGUGGCUGUGGAGGUCACCUACGUACAGGACAACUUUCUGACCAGCGACGUUCUCAACGAGAUGAUGCUGCUGGUUGAAUACUACAGAGCAGCGCCUGACUUGGUCCAGUUCCACCAGUACUGGUGUCCCGACACAACCAUGAUGGACAAGAUAAAGGGUUCUCUGAGUUGCCACGCCCCCAAAGACCAGGCUUACUCGCAGAUCUUGGAGCACGUCUACAGUCAGCUGAGCAGCGUUCACUGAUGGAUCCAGCCAUCAGUGAACGCUGGUGACGCAUGCGCCGUUGAGAUGAAACGCACUUUGGCGAGGAGCUGCUGGAGGUCAGACUGCCUCCCUCGUCAUGAAACCAGACUGAGAACUGAACAGAUCCAUUGGAAACAGGUCAGAGUUCUUAAAGAGGACCUACUCAGAACCAUGUAGCCUGAAUGCUUGUCUGUUUGAUCACUAACCUUCAGGACCUACGGACCGACCUGCAACAGUAUCUGCUGGUGUGGUCAGAUACUUCAGGUACGGUCGAUGUAAACUGUUUUUGUGUAAAUGUCCAUGUCUGUAGGCAAAGGUUUGAGCUGAACUGUUUAGUUCAUGUUUGUGUACGUUAGGGUUUGGGUAAAGUUAGAUACCUGUGUGUGCUCAUCUACUGCCCCCCCCCCAUCAUGUUGGUUUGGACGGACACGACCUCAUGACCUAUUCUGUAUUUAUUACAAACCGUGGAUCCUUUAAGUACAGCCAUGAAAGCUCCGCCUCCCGCCUGCUGAUGAUCCACGAGGCGUUCAAAUACACACUGGAACUAUUUGUUUGUUGUUGAAUUAAACCAUCUGUAUGUUUGGUCUGUGGUGUAAAAAAAAAAGAAGGAAAACA